GCAACUUCCAUAACUCUUACAUUUCUCGGCAUUGGUGAACCGCAUUCCACAACCGCUGAAGACAUCACUUGGAGAGUCCUUGCCACCAUAGGACCAGAGUGUGUUAUGAAGAUGGACCUGAGGCUGGGUUCGCCGUCUCGGAGCGUAUCCCCGCCUAAACGGUCCAAGGCUCGGCUCUCAAAUACCCCACUACCAGACGACACCCGGGCUGACUUCGAGAGACGCUCGUUCCCGAAGGGUCACCUAUGGAACCCGGACGACGACGGUGCGGAACCCCGACCCCGGACCAUCGACAAGUCCAACGUAGCGAACAUCACCGUUACCGCGGCUCUUCGGGCCCGCUUCCAAAGUCCCAUCGGCAAUCUCACCCGCCGCCGGUUUCCGCCUCUUCCACGCCAGCACCCACAGACGAUGACUCGGCUGAGCUCAUCAAGCAGCCCGAGACUCGGCCAAUCUCCCAGGAGCAGCUAGUGGCUGAAGUCAAGGGCAUCUAUGCCGGUCUCGUCAUGGUCGAGACCAAAUGUAUUGAGGUGGACAACGCGCAGAGUUCGCAGAACAAUCCCGCCCACAAGAUCAACAACGAACAGUGGCAGGCUCUGAUUGCGCUACACCGCACCUUGCUCCACGAGCAUCACGACUUCUUCCUCGCGUCCCAGCAUCCUUCUGCAAGCCCGGCAUUAAGGAGAGUUGCCGUAAAUUACGCCAUGCCCGCACGCAUGUGGAGACAUGGCAUUCACAGCUUCCUUGAGCUCCUAAGACAUCGACUACCCGCAAGUCUGGACCAUAUGCUUACCUUUAUCUACCUGGCCUAUUCGAUAAUAGCAUUGCUAUACGAAAUUGUGCCAGCAUUUGAAGACACUUGGAUAGAAUGCCUAGGAGACCUUAGCCGCUAUCGUAUGGCGAUGGAGGGCGACGACAUCCGGGAUAGAGAAGUCUGGACCACUGUCAGCCGCCGUUGGUAUUCCAAAGCCUCCGAUAAGACCCCGACAACAGGGCGGCUUUAUCACCGCUUGGCAAUUUCUUGCUCGCCCCAACGCCCUGCAACAGCUGUACUAUUACGCAAAAUCCCUCUGCGUCGAGAUGCCGUUUGUCUCUACUCGCGAGAGCAUCAUGACUCUUUUUGAGCCUAUUAUGGCGCCAACUCCGAACUCGCCAGUUCGUGCUGAGCCGGAGAACGUUCCGGACUCCGGCCCACCUGCAAGGGCCAGCGAGAUCCCCACGCCGGCCAUCCGCCUCUUUACCAACACCUACAACAUUGUCUGCCGCCGCUUUGGUGACCCUAACACCCUUCUGCGUUAGGAUGGCUAGUUAGGUAGGCGGUAUGCUAGAUGGUGGCCUAGGAAGACUUGGUACCGUCCUAGGCAAUUAGGAAGGUGGUAAAAGGUCUAUUACUAUCUAAUGUAUCUCGUG